AUGGCUCUCCAAAGAUACUCAUUGGAAGUAAAAUUCAUACCUGGAAAAGACUUGCAGUUAGCGGACGCACUGUCACGGUUUCCCACGAAGGAAACAAUGCAAGAAGAAGAAGAGAAAUUUCAAGUCAACUCACUGGAUCACAUAUCUGUCACACAAGAUCGGCUAAAUGAAAUAAGAGACGCAACUGCAGCCGAUGUCCAGAUGCGUCUACUGCGUGAGUAUGCACAGACGUCAUGGCCCGAGCAGAAAGAGCAAGUUCCUCAACUCGGAAGGCCAUUCUGGUCCUACAGAGAGGAGAUUCACGAGGAAGACGGCCUUGUGCUGCCGUCAAACAAGAUAAUAAUUCCAACGGCCAUCAGAUCCAAGAUUCUCAACUUGCUCCACACGGCACACGCGGGCAAAGACAAAAUGAAGAGAAGAGCCCGAGAAAUUUUGUUCUGGCCCGGAAUCAACGCUGACAUUGACCGCGAACAUGACGAAUGCAGCAAAUGCGAGAAGUACAAAUCAAGAAACGCCAAGAUGCCACUCCUCAGCCACGCACUGCCAACGCUUCCUUGGCAGUUGGUCGGGACCGAUUUCUUCACUCAUGAAGGAAAAGACUACAUAAUCCUGGUGGAUUUUUACUCAUUUUAUUUUGAGGUAGAAGAAAUGAAAAGUACCACAGCUUCCAAAGUCAAAGAGUUCUGCCUUAAGGUAUUCGCAACACAUGGACUGCCGUUGAAACUUAUAAGCGACAAUGGCCCACCAUUUGGCAGCCAGGAGUUCAAGCAGUUCUUGGAAAACCUGAAGAUAAAACAAGUUACAUCAAGCCCUUACCACGCUCGAUCAAAUGGCAUGGCUGAACGAGCCGUGAGACAGGCCAAACAACUCUUGCGAAAGAGUGCCAACACUGAAGAGUUUUACCGCUCCCUCCUUGAGUGGCGCAACACUCCACGAGACGAUGUCCUCCAAUCGCCAGUACAGAGACUGAUGAGCCGACACACAAGAACACUGUUACCUGCGCGAUCGGAACAUUACCUGCCGGCUGUUGUGCCACCCAAGGCUGUCACACGUCGUCUCACAGAAAUAAGGCGGCAACAAAAGGCGAACUACGAUAAAAGCUCAAGAACACUGCCAGACAUUGACACGGGUUCUACAGUCACCGUCUACAACACCCUGCGGCGCACAUGGUCACCUGCCAUAGUCGUGGGACAUCCAGUGCCGAGGUCCUACGACAUUUUAACCCCAGGGGGUCGGGUCCACCGAAGAACCCGUGAACACUUACGAACGGCGACGGAUUCUCGACGAGAGCUGACCUCCACGGGGAAAGACACAGCCUGCACGGAACAGAGUCCCAGUGACUUUAGCCAGGGUCAGCCUCACCCGGAAGCGCGGCCGCGAAGAGGAACAAGGAAAAGAAGGCCACCACAACGAUACCAACCAUGUUGA